AUGUUAGAAAUAGUUUAUUGCAACCUAAAAAUUUGUUCCUCAUUUAAGUUUAACUACUGCAAGAAAUGUGCCGCCAGGACCUUCAACAAGCUAAUGUGUUUGUGUUGCUGUUCCCAAGGAUUUUCUUGUGCAGAAAAUAUGUACCCUCAUCAACCCCUUCCUCCUGGGAAUGAUCAAAACCAAAUUCAAGAAUCUAGUGAUCAAGAUGAGAAAAAUGAAGCUUCUGAAGAUCAAGAGGGAACAAGUGAAGUUUUUUCAGAUCAAUACACAGAUGCCGAAGAAUACUCAGAUCAAUCCAUUACUGAUGCAGUAUCCUCAGAUAAGUCAGAUGAUAGUAUUGAGUACCUAGAAUUAAGUGCGGAAAUGGCAAAGAAUGUCUGUAAGGCAGCUUAUCAUGAAUUCAUGAGAAUAGCUAUGAGAGAGAGGAGUUGGUUGCCUGGCAACCCUGCAGAAGGUUUUCUUCCUGGGGAUACUGUUAUUAGGGAGUUCCGAACUCGUACACCAGCUGGAAGAAAGACUGAAGUCUCUACUGCAAGUGCAAUUAUUCCAGUUCCUGCAUCUCAAAUGGCCUCUAUGAUGAUGGAUGUGAAUCAUUGGGCUAAUUUAUUUUUCCAAAUUGUCUACUGCGGAGUUGGCCAUGACUGCAGUCAUGUUCUUCAACGUAUGAGAGAAGAUGAUAAUUCAAUCCAGCACGUAGUGGAGAUUACACCAAAUUUUUAUGCCAUUAUUGAUGUUGCAAUCUAUUAUGUUGAUCCUACGUCGAGAACUGAUAGUUUGAGGAAACCAUCAGGGGUAGCAAUCAGGGAGCAUGACCAAGAUAGUUGUGAGAUUGUUUGGGUUGAAAAUGUGGAGGUGGAUGAAGUGAGUGAAAACAUCUACUCUUCAGUAAUAAACUCAAAUUUGGCAUUCUGUGCACAGCGUUGGAUUAGUACGUUGCUAAGGAAUUUGCAGCGUAAAAAUGGCGUACUUGUUCAUGAUGGCGAUUUGGUUGUGCAUGAUUUAGGUCAUUAUUCUGUGUUGGCUUUAACACAAUCCAUGAAGCGCUUCUUUAUGAGAUGUGUUGCUGACACGCUUGAUCCAGCUGUUUUAACUGAUAUUAGUGAAAAGAAGAAACUGAAGAUCUUAGUUAACGAAGAAUCUCAAGGUAGAUAUGCUUACAUUGGCACAACCAGUUUCCACCUCAAAGCAAAACCAGUCUCAGUUUUUCAAUUUCUGAAGGAAUGGAACGUACAGUUACAGUUGUUUCGACUCCAAAAUUCUGGGGUGCUUGAUCGGUUGUACCACUUUGUGACAAUAGAUCGCAGUAAUAGCAUUACUCUACACAGGACGACUGGAGAGCAUCAGUAUUACUGCUUGCAAGAAGCCACAGUGGACGACUACUGCAGCUUUAUCAUAUCCAGACCAAUGAGUGAACAAAAAAUCCAGCGUCAUAUUAGUUCAGGAGUUGAUAGUGGUUUUGAAGCAGGUAUGAAACCAGAUGUGGAGGCUUCAGGUUUUGCCAUUAUGCCUGACGGUCCAGGGGGCCUUGACUCCAAUGGCUCUCUUAUAACCUUUGUCAUGCAACUGCAAUAUGAUCCUGCAAGACCUAGUGUACCCAGUCGAUUUGAAAUUGAAAACGAUGCUUUCCAUGAAUGGGUUGCCAUCAUCAAUGACAUCAAGGAAAACAUCACAUGGAUGCCUGUCCUGCAUCCGGGAACUUACCUGACCCGACCCGCCCAGCCCAAAUCUCCACAUAAAACAAAAGUAAAAAACGCCCACCUCAUCAGCGCAGCUGACUCCUCACGCCUUUCCCCCUACUCCCUCCACUCCACUACAUCCUUGCCUUACAUGCACGCGCCACCGCUUUGUACUCUCCUCAGCCGUACUGCAGGAAUUGUGCAAAUGACUCUCCGUUUUCUCUAUGAAACGUCUUUGAGUCUGAAUCCGAAACGCUUCGUUUUCUCUGUCUCCGAUUACUGCAUUUGUUUUGCUUUCGCCAUUGCACUUGGUUUUGAUAAUUUUCUCGGCUUAUGUUCUGUUUGA